AUGUUUGGAAUGCCCAACCUAGCAAAAUGGAUAGAAUUACCAGAAGCAGCAAGUGUGGUGUCAGCAUUUCCUUGCCUUGAAGAGUUGUCCAUUUAUGGGUGCCUGCUAUUGGAAUGUACACCAAGUCAUUUCCCACACCUUAAGGAAUUGAGUUAUGAGAAGGUUAGCAGCUUGCCAUUAAAAAAGAUAUGCAGUAGCCAAGCGUCCCUUCUGGUGGUGUGGUUGUACAGGUUGCCUCACUGGGACCUUAUCCCAGAAAAAUUUCAACAUUUAACUGCCCUGAGAUAUCUAUGGCUAGAGGGCUUUGGAGUGGAAGCUUUACCUAAUUGGUUUCAGAGCCUUUCAUCUCUUGAAACCCUGCAUGUAUAUCGGUGCGACAAACNCUUCACUGCCCUGAGAUAUCUAUGGCUAGAGGGCUUUGGAGUGGAAGCUUUACCUGAUUGGUUUCAGAGCCUUUCAUCUCUUGAAACCCUGCAUGUAUAUCGGUGCGACAAACUGAAGUUUCUGCCCACAAUUGAAGCCAUGCAUCACCUCAUCAAAUUAGAGGAGAUGACGAUUAAAGCCUGCCCCCUAUUACAAGCAAGAUGCAUAAAGGGGAUUGGCCCAGAGUGGCCCAAGAUUUCCCAUAUAAGAAAGGACCUGCUGUUGCCAGCACAGUCAUUGGACAGGGGAGGUCUACAGCUUGGAAGAUGUGUGGCCUUGACAAAAGGGGACAAUUAUCAGAACUUUGAUGGCCAAACAAGGUUGCGACUUACAACCAUCACUAGAAGAUGGAUAGAUAGUACUGUAGACUCAGAGGGAUUGGUACAAGGAUUUGAUCAAGAAACUGCAGCUGUAGUAAUGGCAAGGUUGACUUCUUAUAAAAUGGAGAUUGAGGAAGGAUUUGAUGCCACACGGUGGUUGGAUCUGAACCUUAUUUGUUUCUGUUCCAAAUUCGGCGACUACCAGAAGGAUGACCUGGCCUCAUUUACAUUAGAUCCUAGUUUUUUGUUAUUUCCUUGGUUUAUGUUUAACCUGCGGCGAUCACAGUUUGUGCAGAGGUGUUUGACAAUACACAAUAAUCCAGAUGAGACUGCCUAUUACCGCAUUUUGACCCGUGAGAGUACAAUUAACGCAGCUGUCAUGUGUAGUUAUUUUCAUGGAAUGACAAUAGCUCAGUGGAGGAACAUGGGCUAUCAGAACCAGCCAGAACACCAGGCAUUUGCACAGUUAUUGCAAGCUCCGCAUGACGCUGCUGAACUGAUCAUCCGUGAGCGGUUCCUUGUCCCAAGAUUGGUUGUGUGCGAUCAGCAUGGCUCCCAGGUUUGUUGUCCAAUAACCGCUGUACAGCUGGAAUGGUCCUUGUGGACAAGAGAUGUGGAGGAAGAAAUAAUUCCAACUUGCAGAGAACUUGGCAUUGGGAUUGUUGACGUUGAGAAGUUGCCGGACUCUGACUCCCGAAAGCAUUUGAUGCAUAUCACAAGCUACAAGCUACCAUUUGGCAAUGCUGCAGGGAUGCAUCUUAGUACUUUCUGA